AUGGCGUCCCUCCUAACCAAUACCCUUCCCUGGCAUGAUGGCGAGAUACGAAUGCGCAGUUUGCUGCACAUUCCUCCUAUCAUUAACCCCACAGUGCCUGCUCUAAGUUAUGGGGCAACUCAUCUGCUCUUAAACUCGCCUUUGCUUGCUAUUGGUGCCGUUGAUCGAGAGGGACGGCCUUGGACAACGCUUUGGGGUGGUGAAGUAGGCUUUGCCAAGCCAACUUCCCAAUCGAAGGUUGAGGUUAAGACUCCUGUUGACAUCAGACAUGACCCUCUGGCAGAUAUACUGCUACAUGACAGCCCAGGGGAGUCCGGGCAAUUAGUUUCCGGCUUAGUUGUCGAUCUAGCGACCCGCAAACGAGCAAAGCUUUUUGGGAGGAAAAUCAGUGGAUCGAUACAACUGGGCGAAAAGAGCGAGACUGACUCCAGCAAAGUAGGGGUUGCGCAAUUACUUGUGCAAAUAGAAGCAAGUCUUGGCAAUUGUCCCAAGUAUAUAAAUAUUAGAAACAUCACUCCAACUCUGCCUACUCCAAGGCUCAUCUCCGAGUCCCCUCAACUUCCUUCUAGUGCUUUGAAUCUCCUUGGUCGUGCAGACACACUGUUCAUAUCCUCACGACAUGGAGAGGUGGAUAUGGAUACCAACAUCCGUGGCGGAUCUGCAGGCUUUGUCCGUGUUAUAUCCAAUGAGCCCAAUGGAGCCAUAUUUGCUUACCCAGAAUAUUCUGGGAAUCGCCUGUACCAAACUCUAGGCAAUCUUCAAACAACGCCUUUGGCGGGGUUUGUCUUUCCGGAUUUUGAAACAGGAAAUGCGUUAUACCUCACCGGAAAAACUGAGAUCUUCAUAGGAGAAAGGGCAGCCGCUCUCCUUCCACGAUCAAACCUAGCCGUGAAAGUGACUGUCACUGCAGCGCGAUACGUAGAGAAAUCAUUAGCAUUUCGAGGCGUUGAAGGAGCAAAAUCUCCAUACAAUCCAAGUGUACGAUAUUUAGCCACAGAAAAGGCUAGUCCUGCUGCUAUAGGAGAUGAAAAGUCAUCUGUUACAGCUAUGUUGGUAAAGAAGGAAUUACUUACCCCGACAAUAUGCCGAUUUCGUUUCCAAAUAUCAGAUCCGUGGAAGAUUGGGACAUGGGUGCCUGGGCAAUAUGCUACUCUUUCAUUCCAAGAAGAGUUGGACAUGGGGUAUAGCCACAUGAAAGAUGACGAUCCAUCGAGUAUCAACGAUGACUAUGUCCGAACUUUCACAAUUUCGUCGUAUCCAGUACAUAACCGCUCUACAGAGUUUGAGAUAACUGCUCGGAGGCACGGUAAUGUAACCAAUUACCUUUUCAGGACCAACGAGCGAGCGGGUUUGGAGGUGCCUUUGAAAGGCUUCGGCGGUGACUUCUAUUUGAAAGCACCAAGCGAGCAUGACAAACUUCCUUUUAUCGCCGGGGGUAUCGGAAUUACGCCACUUCUCGCACAACUCCCGGAUAUUGAUAUCAGUCACUUACGUUUACUAUGGUCUAUUUCCAUUCGCGACCUCGGUCUGAUUUUGGAUACAUUCAGUCGAUUCCCUCAAUUACCCCUCGUCACAAGCCUUUUCAUAACUGGGCCUGAGCCACGGGAUGAGAAGACUACUGAACAAUUGGCGACAUUGGUCGCAUCUGAAGCACGAGUCGAACGUCGCCGAAUGGAAGCCAAAGAUUUAGAUUUGUCCUUGGCAGAUGUGUGGUACUUCUGUGGUGGUCCUUCCUUGAAGAAUUCGGCGUUGAAUUGGCUUGUCGGGAAAGACGUAGUAUAUGAAGAUUUCAAUUAUUGA